AUGGCUGCUGUAACAAGCCCAGAGACGAGUCCUCAGCCCCGCGUGUAUUUCCAGACGCCGGCGGCAGAAGAACUGGAGGCUCCCGUGCGCAAACAGGGACGCGUCACGGUGAAAUACGACCGCAAAGAGCUGAGGAAAAGACUCAACCUGGAGGAGUGGAUUAUUGACCAGCUAACGGACCUCUACGGAUGCGAGGAGGAGGCCAUCCCGGAGCUGGAGAUAGACGUGGAUGAAUUGCUGGACAUGCCGAGUGAUGUGGAGAGAGCAGCCAGAGUCAAGGAUUUGCUUGUUGAUUGUUUUAAACCCACUGAGGACUUUAUUUCAGCUUUGUUGGAUAAAAUCCGAGGGAUGCAGAAGCUGUCUACGCCUCAGAAGAAAUGA